ACACCCUCCAAUCCAAUCCUCAAUAUCAACAUCUACUCCACUCGUUUCUACCACGUUUCUCACACAUAAACACACACACUUGCCAUUCCCAUCUCCGACCAAAUCCAACUUUCACACCCACCUAUGACUGAUUACCGAUUACCGACCAUGAAUCACUGGAAUCCCGACGACAACAACAACUCCUCAAUGUUGGACGCCUUCGUCAGUUCCGACAUGACAUCAAUCUGGUCCAACACACAAACAACCACCACAACAACUACACUGCCUCAUACUUCUUCAUCCGCUUCUACAUCAGCCAACGUCGCGAUGUUUAAUCACGACACGUUGCAACAACGUCUCCAAGGGUUGAUUGACAACGCGCGUGAGUCAUGGACUUAUGCCAUCUUUUGGCAAUCCUCUGUUGUAGAUUACUCCGGCCCCCCAGUUUUAGGUUGGGGGGACGGAUACUACAAAGGGGAGGUUAAUAAACCCCCCAAAUCCACUCUUUCUCAAACUUCUUUGGCUGAACAACAGUAUCGAAAAAAAGUUCUUAGGGAACUUAAUUCCAUGAUUUCCGGGACACAAGUCCCGGAAAACGAUUCGGUUGACGAAGAAGUCACUGAUACCGAGUGGUUCUUUUUGAUAUCCAUGACCCAGUCGUUUGUCAAUGGUAACGGACUUCCGGGUCAAGCGGCGUUUGGAAACCAACCGGUCUGGGUUGCGGGUCGUGAUCGGCUGAUGACGUCACACUGUGAGCGUGCGCGACAAGGUUAUGGGUUUGGGUUACAGACUAUUGUUUGUAUUCCCAGCUCAGAUGGUGUGAUUGAGCUGGGUUCUACUGAUUUGAUUCUUCAUAGUUCCGAUGUGAUGCGAAAAGUUAGGGUCUCUUUUAAUUUUAAUGACGGCGUGGGACGUGAUAAUACGAUGCAGAUCCCCGUUGCUGACAACAAUAAUGAUGAUAUUAAUGAAGAUGACCCUUCAUCUAUUUGGCUGACCGAUCCAGUAGCUUCGUCUACCGUAACGGCUUCAGUUGAUGUGAUGGGAUCCCAAAUUAUCCCAUCCUCGAAGCCUCUUCAAAACCCGAACCCGAACCCUAAUUCUCAUGGAUUAUUCGGGUCUAGGGAGUUGAAUUUUUCGGGUGGGAGAAAUGGGAAUUCGACUAACACCAAACCCGAAUCGGGUAAAAUAUUGAGUUUUGGCGAGAAAAUGACUGCAGGCGGUAUGUUUUCGGGCCAAUCUCAUUUCGGAAAUGAAGAGAAUAACAGCAACAAGAAGAAAAAGAGAUCUCCUACUUCGUGUGGGAGUAAUGAAGACGGGAUGCUCUCUUUUGUCUCUGGCGUGAUUCCGUCUUCGAGUACUGUGAAAUCAGGUGGCGGCGGAGGAUCGGAUCACUCGGAUCUUGAUGCGUCUGUGAUUCGAGAAGUGGAAAGUUCUAGAAUGGUGGAACCGGAGAAAAAGCCUAGAAAGCGAGGGCGAAAGCCUGCUAAUGGAAGAGAAGAACCAUUGAAUCAUGUGGAAGCAGAGAGACAAAGGAGAGAAAAGUUGAACCAACGGUUUUAUGCUCUUCGUGCUGUCGUCCCAAACGUCUCGAAGAUGGACAAGGCGUCGCUCCUUGGCGACGCCAUCUUGUACAUCAAUGAGCUCAAGAUGAAAGUUGAGACCACACACAGCGACAAAGAAGAGCUAAGAAACCAAGUCGAUGUGUUGAAGAAAGAAUUGUUAAGCAAGGAUUCGAAGCAAUCGUCGUCCUCAGCCAUUUCGCUACCAGAAGAUAUGAAAAUGUCUACCAACAGACGCAUACAAGUGGCGGAUUUGGAAGUCGAUGUGAAGGUCAUUGGUUGGGAUGCCAUGCUUAGGAUACAAAGUAACAAGAAAAACCACCCCGCUGCAAGGCUAAUGGUGGCAUUGAAAGACCUCGAUUUGGAAGUUAACCACUCGAGUGUGUCGGUUGUGAACGAGUUGAUGAUCCAACAAGCCACUGUGAAAAUGGGCGGACGAUUGUACACUCAAGAUCAGCUCCGGAUAGCCUUAACCAACAGAUUUUCGGAUCCGUUAUGAGGUUAAGGCUGUCAGUCAGUGAAGCUGUAGCUAGUUUUUUUUUUUUACCCAAGCUACUUUAAGCAAGUUUUAAUGUAACAUAGUAGUGUAUACUUGAGUUAAAUCUUAUGUACGUUUAGUAAUAAGUGAUCUCUAUGUAAAAAUAUUACUAUGUUUAUAAAGUGAGAGCUAUAAUUAGAUUGCUCUGUAUGUCAAUUUGAAAAUGAAACGUUAGUUUUAUGAACGCAUUUGUAA